GUGUUGAACUGUUGAUUUUGUCAAUCAAUAUACGCUACACAAUUUCCUGAGUCGUAUUGCAUUUUUUAAAAUAAAAUAUAAAAAAAAUCUAAAUAAUGACGAAAAAGAAGCCGCUACCAAACUUGUCCAAGGAGGAGAAGAUGGUGAUAGUGAUAUCCGAGAUCAUUCAAGAGUUGUUGACUGCUCAUCGCAUUGGCAAGGAUGUUAACCUCAACAAAAUGAAGACGAGGAUUUCAUCAAAAUAUGGGAUGAGCACGUCUCCUAGGCUCGUGGAUAUCAUCGCGGCUGUCCCUUCAGAUGCCAAAAGUAUCUUGUUGCCGAAAUUGAAAGCGAAACCUAUUCGUACAGCUUCGGGUAUUGCAGUAGUCGCGGUUAUGUGCAAACCACACAGAUGUCCGCAUAUAAACUUCACUGGAAACAUCUGUGUCUAUUGCCCUGGUGGACCGGAUUCCGAUUUUGAAUAUUCAACCCAGAGUUAUACAGGCUAUGAGCCAACAUCUAUGAGGGCUAUUCGCGCGCGCUAUAAUCCGUAUCUUCAAACCCGUCAUAGAGUUGAACAGCUGAAGCAAUUGGGACACAGUGUGGAUAAAGUUGAGUUCAUCGUGAUGGGAGGCACGUUUAUGAGCCUACCUGAAGAUUAUAGAGAUUAUUUUAUAAGGAAUCUACACGAUGCACUCUCAGGUCACACGUCAAGCUGUGUUGCAGAGGCAGUGAAAUAUUCUGAGAGAGCCAAGACCAAGUGUAUUGGUAUCACAAUCGAGACUCGACCUGACUACUGCCUUCAGAGGCAUAUGAGUGACAUGCUUAAUUACGGAUGCACCAGAUUAGAAAUUGGAGUGCAGUCUGUAUAUGAGGAUAUUGCAAGGGACACAAACAGAGGUCACACAGUCAAAGCUGUUUGUGAGAACUUCAAUUUAGCUAAGGAUGCUGGCUAUAAGAUAGUUGCACACAUGAUGCCUGAUCUUCCUAAUGUGGAUUUUGAGAGAGAUGUGGAACAGUUUAUAGAGUUCUUUGAGAACCCCGCUUUUCGGGCAGAUGGUCUUAAAAUAUACCCAACUUUGGUGAUCAGAGGCACAGGCCUUUAUGAGCUGUGGAAGACGGGAAGGUACAGGAGUUACCCACCAUCAACCUUGGUUGAUUUGAUUGCGAAAGUGUUGGCCUUGGUGCCACCGUGGACUAGGGUUUACAGAGUACAAAGGGACAUUCCCAUGCCUCUAGUUUCGUCUGGGGUGGAACAUGGCAACCUUAGGGAGUUAGCGUUAGCUCGCAUGGCAGACCUGGGCACGGACUGCAGGGACGUCAGAACUAGGGAAGUUGGCAUACAAGAGAUACACAACAGGGUGCGCCCUUAUGAGGUAGAACUGAUAAGACGCGAUUAUGUCGCUAACGGAGGUUGGGAGACGUUCCUAUCCUACGAAGAUCCUGACCAGGACAUUCUGGUGGGUUUGCUCAGACUGAGGAAGUGUGCCGAGGACACUUACAGGCCGGAGUUGAAACCCGGGCCCGAUGCAAACUUCAAACAGUGCAGCAUAGUGCGGGAGCUCCACGUGUACGGAUCUGUUGUGCCUGUGAACGCCCGUGAUCCCACAAAAUUCCAACACCAAGGCUUCGGCAUGUUGCUAAUGGAGGAAGCGGAGAGGAUUGCUCGCGAGGAACACGGGUCAGACAAGAUGGCGGUCAUAUCCGGUGUCGGCACUAGGAAUUAUUACGCCAAGAUCGGUUACCAUCUUGAGGGACCUUAUAUGGUCAAAAUGCUGAUCUGAGAUUUUGUAAAUAAAUGUGUAUAUUGUGUGU